UGGGACGGGCAAUCGUCUUUCCAUCCCCAAACUUACCACAAUCAAACUGAUCAACUGACAACUAGGGAUGGGCAACCAGGCUCUCUUUCCCAGUUGAUGCGCGUCGGAUUUGCUUGUCCGCUAUGGGACGCUGGUUCAAGCCCCUUUCUCACCCGCCACACUCCAUCACUUGUCGCUACUCACCAGAUUGCCCCGCGCCCAUGCUGCUGUGGCCGCCUAGCUCGUGAUCCUGUUCUCCUACCCACAAGUUGCGAUUCGCAGAUCUCUGGCGCAGCCAUCGAAUCCAUCCUUUGUCCUUGACUCAUACUUCUGUUGCAAUUUGCGUGCUGGUUCCUCCGGUGGUGCAUGUGCACGGGCCAUGUUCGACGAGGUGGGUUUGAGAAGUUCUGUUACAUGGUAAUCCCCGUCCUUGGGCUUGUCAUGGUCGAUUGGGAACAGUAGGAUUGGUUGCUGAGCAUGGCUGGACCGGAGAAGACUGUUGUUUGGUUCAGGAGAGACCUCAGGAUCCAGGACAACCCGGCCUUGGCAGCGGCGGCGAAAGGGGGCUCUGUCCUCCCUAUCUUCAUAUGGUGCCCCUCAGACUACGGGCAGUACUACCCUGGAAGGUGCUCCCGGUGGUGGCUCAAGCAGUCUCUUGUCCACCUUGGGAAGUCAUUAGAGCUGCUCGGGUGCCCACUCGUGCUGAUCCGUGCGGAGGACAGCACUCUUGCAGCUCUUUUGGAGUGCGUUCGUUCCAUCAGUGCCACUAGAGUGGUUUACAAUCGUCUCUACGACCCUAUUUCACUUGUGCUUGACAACAAAAUCAAGAAUGAGCUUCCAGCCCAUGGAAUUUCUAUCCAAAGUUUCAAUGGUGAUUUACUUUACGAGCCGUGGGAUGUUUAUGAUGAGAAUGGGCAGGCAUUUACAACCUUUAACAAGUACUGGGAGAAAUGUAUGAGCCUACCUAUUGAGAUAUCACAAUAUCUUGCACCUACAAGGCUGGUGGCAGCGCCAGGUCUAGCAAAUGUUCGCUGUUGUUCGAUUGAUGAUCUAGGUCUUGAAUCUAGUAAGGAUGUGGAAUCAAGCAAUGCUUUGCUAAGCAGGGCCUGGUCUCCUGGCUGGCGCAAUGCAGAGAACAUGCUUGAGGAAUUUGUGUCUUAUGGUCUUCUAGAAUAUUCAGAACAUGGUAUGAAGGUUGGGGGAAGUACUACGUCAUUAUUGUCACCGUAUCUCCAUUUCGGGGAGUUGAGUGUAAGGAUGAUUUAUCAACUUGUUAAAAUGCGUCAAGUCAAGUGGCAAAAUGAAGGAAAAUCUGAAGCUGAGGAGAGUGUUCGAUUGUUCCUACGAUCAAUUGGUUUUCGAGAAUAUUCACGGUACUUAUGCUUUAACUACCCAUUCACACAUGAGAGAUCAUUUUUAGGUAACUUGAAGCAUUAUCCUUGGCUAUUGGAUGAGGGCCGUUUCAAAUCUUGGAGACAGGGAAUGACUGGAUACCCAUUAGUAGAUGCUGGCAUGAGGGAACUCUGGGCUACUGGUUGGACACAUAAUCGGAUAAGAGUGAUUGUCUCAAGUUUCGCUGUAAAAUUUCUACAGAUACCCUGGAUUUGGGGAAUGAAGUACUUUUGGGAUGUGCUUCUGGAUGCAGACCUAGAAAGUGAUAUUCUUGGUUGGCAGUACAUAUCUGGGAGUUUGCCUGAUGGACAUGAGCUCAGUCGUCUUGAUAAUCCAGAGGUUCAGGGUCAAAAGUACGAUCCGGACGGUGAAUAUGUAAGAACUUGGAUUCCUGAACUUGCUAGAAUGCCAACAGAAUGGAUCCAUAGUCCAUGGGCUGCGCCAAACUCUAUAUUACAAGUUGCUGGAGUUGAGCUGGGCUUUAACUACCCAAAGCCCAUAGUAGAACUUCAUAUGGCGCGGGAAUGUUUAGAUGACGCCAUCUCCACAAUGUGGCAAUUGGACACAGCUGCAAAACUUGCUGAACUAGAUGGUGAAGUUGUUGACGACAAUCUGAAUAAUAUCAGGAAUUUUGAUAUCCCAAAGGUGGUUUUGAACAAGAAAUUAUCACCAAGCACUUCAUCCAUGGAGCACAGGGUGUUGUCUACUAAUGGCAAGGACGAAAAGUCGCAGCCUACUGAAGUGAAGGCCCUGUACAAACAGAUUAUUCGAGAUGAUAUGAUGAAUGACUCAAACAUGGAUGACACAUGCUCUACUGCUAACUUGAAAGUGACAAGGAAAAGAUCUAGCAGUGAUAGUGCGUUCAAUGUUCCCUCAUGUUCAUCCUCAUUAGUCAUGGAAUCACGGAUUCAUCAUAAUGAACCUAGUUCUGUUCUGUAUUCAGGCUACUUCCAGAAGACAGCAGACAGAGAUGGCACUAGUAAGGUUGAAGAUAAUGACAGUGAAGAUAGUGGUACGAGCAUCUCUAGGCCAUCCAAGAAAGCUGCUUAGCAUUAGCGCAUUGAAGAUGUUGCAAAUCUUCAAUGAGAAAUAUUUACCGUCACAUGUAAUUUAGCUGGUGCGUUUGUAGUGAUCAUGCAAAAGCUGUUCUGUGAAUUAUAAUUAGUUUUACACGGCCUAUCCUUAUUCCGAUAGAAGGCAAUUUUUGUUUGGUGAAAAAACAUCGCUCACGGACAGGCCAUAGUUUGCUGUCGCUGCUGAACAGCCUAAUGCCUGGUGUAAAUGACUCAUCAACGUUACGACACUAUUAGCGCUGGUUGGUUUUGCUAUCAAUCCGUAUUCAUGGAUUGGGUAAGAUUGAGUAGAUUUAAAUAUCAAAUAAAUCAAAAUGUUUUAUAA